GCACAAACAGCAAACCAAAGGACUUUGGCAGCUGGAAGAGCAGCAGGUAUGAAAAGCCACGCUGUGAGUGUGUCUGUGGCUCUGCUGGCCCUCUGCUGCCUGCUGAUCCCCAAAGGAGGCUGGAGUGCCGGGGGAAUAGCUUCUCUCCAGCAGACUGAAGGACUGAAACAGGCAGAGGAGCGGCUGCAGGAUGAGUCCCUGGAUGACCCAGAAAGUCUGCAAGAAGUUAAGGUGGACCCCCACCCACUGGGAAGCCACACCAAGGCCAAAAGAGACACAGAAGUGGCUGUGCAGACAGGCAUUCUGGGCCGAGUGAGGAGAGCACCAGAUGAAGGCAAAAAGAAGAAAAAGGACAAAAAGAAAAACAAAGAGCCAAAAGACCCAAACGCCACCAAAAAGCCUAAAAGUGAAAAGAAGGGAAAGAAGAAGGACAAGCAGACCACAACCACAACUCUCCCACCAACCACAACAGCAAUCCCAACGGAACCCCCCACAGAACCUCAGCCAUACACAGACUACCCUGAUCCUGACGAUGCUUACUGGCAGCCUGAUGAUGACUACUGGGGUCCUGAUCCUGGUCCUGAUCCCAGCCAGAGGCCUCAGCCUCCUGCCCAGGUCACAGAUCCUCCCUACGAUUACUUGGGGCCGGCCGCUCCCGUGACAGACACGUACGAUAACUACUGGGACCAACAAGAGGUAGCGCCGUCUACGUCAGCACCGGACAUCUACGACGACUUCUGGAAAGAAGACGAGAAAGAACCGUACCCUGCUGUGACGGACAACUACGACGGCUACUGGACGGAGUUGGAGGCGACCCCUGCAGGCCCUGGUGUUGCUGGACCAGAUGACAGUGACUACUGGGAUGCCACCAUCGACAAGUCAGACAAUCAGUCUCCCGACAGUAAAGAGGUCAGCCCCGAAAUCGUAGUGGAAACUCUACCAGAAAGAGCGCAGAGGCUGAAAGAGGCAGAGGAGCGUGCCAGGAACAGACCACGUGUCUUCAAAGAGCCAAAGAAGUGUCCUCCUCUGGGCAUGGAGUCCCAUAAGGUUGAGUCUGACCAGCUGACGGCCUCUUCUAUGUCUCAGUACAGCUUUGCCCCACAGAGGGCGCGACUCAACAUGCAGGGCUCCGACGAUGAGGACAACAUGAGAGGGGGAGCCUGGUGCGCAAACGCAGAGGACAGCAUCCACUGGUUUGAGAUAGAUGCUCGCAGAGAGACGGAGUUCACAGGGGUCAUAACUCAGGGACGAGACUCUUUGAAUGAGAGUGACUUUGUGACGUCCUACUUCCUUGCAUUUAGCAAUGACUCCAGGGAAUGGACCACCAUUCACGAUGGGUAUGCCGACUGGCUGUUUUUUGGAAACAGUGAUAAGGACACUCCGGUGAUGAACCAGCUUGCAGAGCCUGUGCUGGCCCGUUACAUCCGGAUAAUCCCUCAGAGCUGGAAUGGCUCUCUGUGUAUGAGGCUGGAGGUCCUGGGGUGUCCCCUACCCGAUCCAAGUGACGGCCUGUACAGACAAAAUGAAGUGACUCCCGUGGAUUACUUAAAGUUCAAACACCACAGCUACUCAGAGAUGGUUGCCCUUAUGAAGUCAGUGAAUGAGGAGUGCCCAAACAUCACCAGUAUCUACAGCCUGGGCCGCAGCACCAAGGGACUGGAAAUCAUGGCCAUGGUCAUCUCUGGCAACCCCACAGAGCACGAGAUAGGUGAGCCAGAGUUUCGCUUCACGGCAGGUCUCCAUGGGAAUGAGGCAGUGGGCAGGGAGAUGAUCCUGCUCCUCAUGCAGUACUUCUGUAAGGAGUAUAAAGACAGAAACCCCAGAGCCCGGCGUCUGGUGGAGGGGGUGCGCAUCCACCUGGUGCCCUCACUAAACCCUGACGGUCAUGAGAGAGCUUUUGAAGUGGGGUCUGAGCUCAGCAGCUGGACUACCGGACACUUCACUGAGGAUGGUUUGGACAUCUUCCAGAAUUUCCCUGACCUGAACAGCAUCCUGUGGGAGGCUGAGGAUAAGGGCUUGGUGCCCAAACUCACCCCCAACCAUCAUGUGCCCAUACCUGAGGACAUGGCGUCCAACAGCUCGAUCGCUCUGGAAACCAGGGCCAUAAUGUCCUGGAUGAAAAACCAUCCUUUUGUCUUGGGUGCUAACUUCCAAGGCGGGGAGUCAAUUGUGGCCUAUCCUUAUGACAGCUUACGCCUGAGCAAGCCUGUGGAGAGCCAACCCCCCCACAGCCGCAGGAAGAGACAGUACGGCUUCACCGGUUACGACGUGACGGAGUGGGGCCGGGGCUACCACGAGGAGCCGGAGGAGGACUGGAGAAGUCGGGGGUACGCCCAACCCGAGGAGGAGUGGCGGGGCCACGGCUACGACCAGGGUUACGACAACGGCUACGACCCGGGCUACAACCAGGGCUACGGCCGCAGGGAGGAGGAGGAGGAGGAGGACAGAGGAAGGGGCGCCGGCUACCAAUACGCCGAGCCCGACGACGAGCCCCGCCUGACCCCGGACGAGUCCCUCUUCAGGUGGCUGGCCGUGUCCUACGCGUCCACGCACCUGACCAUGACGCACAACUUCCACGGGUCCUGCCACGGGAGCACGCCCCCCGGCGCCGUCGGCCUCGUCAACCGGGCCAAGUGGAAGCCCAUCUCUGGCAGUACGCGGCCUUCCCGCUCCCCGCGCGUGCCGCCGGCGCCCCCUGGCAUGAACGACUUCAGCUACCUGCACACCAACUGCCUGGAGCUGUCCGUGUUCUUGGGCUGUGACAAGUUCCCUCAUCGGAGCGAGCUGGCGCACGAGUGGGAGAAAAACAGAGAGGCGAUGCUCACCUUCAUGGAGCAGCAGGGCAAUGCCAUCGCCAACGCCACAAUAUCCGUAGAGGGGAUAAACCACGACGUCACCACAGCACCAACAGGGGACUACUGGCGGCUCUUGAACCCGGGGGAGUAUCGGGUAACGGCUCGAGCUGAGGGCUUCUCCCCUGUGACUAAACUCUGUGUGGUGGGCUAUGAAUCAGGUGCCACCGCUUGCAGCUUCAACUUAGCCAAGUCCAACUGGGACCGCAUUAAACAGAUCAUGGCCCUUCACGGCAACAAGCCCAUUCGACUCACCUACGGCAACAACAGAGUGCAAAACCAAGCCACCAACGGCCAAAGACGCGUUCUUUACGACAAAAACGGAAACUCCUCGACAUCCCCCGUCAGCUCGCAGUAUCUGAGGAGGCAAAGGCUCGCUCGUAAUCGACGCCUGCGGCGGUUGAGAUUAAUGAGGUUAAGAUCAAUGAUGACAACAACUACAUCACCGCCGACAACAACAACCACAAUUCCCACAACACCAGAGACCACCACAUUCUGGUACGACUCCUGGCUUAUAGGGGAGGGACAAUCCUCAACACCCGGUGGGUUCACAGACUCCAUCCAGGAUUAUAACUACGAGUACAAAAUCGAUGACUAUUAA